UGCUGCUACAGCAACUAUGCUUCACGCAACUGAGAAGAGAUACGCGGGUUACAAGUUUCGUUCUAAACGCUUCAUCAAAUUUUCUGGAAUUUAUUAGGAACUUCCGAUAAAUUCUUAUUUUCAUUGAACAAUUACACUUAUUUUGCAACUGUACCCGGCCUGGAUUAGGGUGCUGUUCGCAGACUUUUUGGAUAUUUCUCAAUUGCCAACAUAUCCCAUCCCGAGGGAAACGUGCGCGAGUCGCUUGCUCUCGAGGUAGUGCGACGAUGAGAUGCUUCUACUGUGACGCAACUCGUUUAGUCAAGUAUUUUUUAUCUGACUUUAUCGUUGAUCGACCAAAAUUAAUUCUUGCUGCUUUCAAAUUUGAGACCGGAAGUCGGUGAUAACUGGCAAGCAAUGAAUCUGGAUAUUAUGUGCCAAGUUAUUUAAAAAACAAAGCUCAAGUGUAUGACCCAGAAAAACAAAAAGAGAAAGACAAAAGUGUCGAAUGUCCGGGACAUUCACCUUGUGACCCCCAUUAGAAUUCCGGAAUUAUUUCUCUAUGAUUUCACGAUUGCGAGAGGAUUAUCAGUGACUACAAUGGUUGAUCAGAAUCUAAGCAGAAAGAGGCAAAGGCGAUUGCAUGUUUCACCCGAUUAUACUUUAGCAGUAUGAUCUAUCACAAAAGCCUAAGGAAUUAUCUACGAGUAAAAAAUAAAAUCAGAAAAUAAAAUAGUGCCUAUCAAUGUUCAAGAGAAAUAUUCGGAUUCAAAAUCGAGGACCUCGAAAAUCAGCGAGUGCUAAUUUUCGACUAAAAUAUAAAAUGGUUUAAACUGACCAUUCAUGUGGGACUUUCGUCUUCAAGAAGUAAAAUGUCCAUCUAGCUGCUGUCAAUUCUCUCAAUGAAAUUUUGCGAAACGCAAAAUAAGGUUUCCGUAUCUGUGGCGGUGGUUAUGUUAGUAACUCAGAAUAACCCUCUCGGAGGGUUUGGGCGCUUAUUAUUCGCCCUUUUUCUCUUAACCACAUGUUUUACUUUAUCUAAGGCUGCAGCAUUUCCUGACUGGACAGAUUGCCCUGCGGUGUGUAAAUGCAAAUGGACAUUGGGAAGAAAAUCUGCCAUCUGUCCUGCUGCUGGACUUACGUCAUUACCUUCUGAUCUAGAUUCAGACAUGCAACUGCUGGACUUAUCAGGCAACGAAAUUCCAGCCUUAAAAGCAGGAUUAUUUAAGGAUGCAGGUUUAUUAAACUUACAAAAAGUGUUUUUGCGAAACGCGAAAAUACAGCAGAUUCACGCGAAUGCCUUCAUAGAAAUGCGAAUCUUGGUUGAAGUCGAUCUUUCGGACAAUGCUAUUACCAGUCUUGAUCCAAACACAUUUUUUGGUAAUGAAAGAUUAAAGACCGUCAUCUUAAGUGGUAAUCCACUUGUUACUCUAAAAAGUCAUCAAUUCCCAAAUUUAAAACACAUGCGUAAUUUAGAAAUUCAAAGAUGUUCCCUGAAGGAGAUUCAUAAAUUAGCCUUCGUGCGACUUGAUGGACUCGAGUCUUUGAGUUUGGAUAACAAUCUUCUACAAUACAUCGACGUAUCUUUAGUUUCCAGUCUAAAAAAGCUGAAGACUUUAUCUCUAAACAAUAAUAACUGGAAAUGUGAUUGUAGGUUACGUGACUUUCGAACGUGGCUCAUGACUGAAGGUCCAAGUAGGCUGUACUCAGUCGCUCAAAUUUGUAAAUAUCCAAGAAAAAUGGAAGGACGUCGUUGGGAAGAUGUCAAAUUAACAGAAUUUGCUUGUGAACCAGAAGUAGUGGCUCAUGCUAGCAGCACUCAAAUUGAAAUGAAUGGGAACAUAAGUCUAUCUUGUAUGGCAACCGGAGACCCAGAACCUGAAUUAUCGUGGCAGUUAAAUGGUGGCCCCAUUAAUCUUACUCGUUCGGAACAACCUAAUUUUGGAACUUAUAUUACUUAUUCCAUUUCAUCUAAUACAGUUGAAAACACCAACACUGGGAUGACAGUUAAUAAAAGGUGGAGCAAUCUUACGGUCUACAAUGCCAGUGAUAUUGAUGCUGGUGAAUACACAUGCUAUGCUAAAAAUCUAGCCGGUACAGCAAGCACUGCUCUAAAUGUAGCUGUCCCUCGCGUGUUCACAGCACCCACUCUCUCCCAAACAGACAAUUGGCUCCUUUGGGUGAGUCUUGCCGGGGGUGGAGCUGUUGCACUUUGUGCUUCUAUUUCUGCAGUUUUGUUGGCGCUUUGUUUUUGCGGUGAAACACGGCGCAAAAGUCGACUCCAAAAAGAGAAACUUCAAGGAAGUUCAAGUUUCGGAGAUCAAGAAAAGAAGCUUCUUGAUUUAUCAGUAACAACAACCACGGCGGGUAGUUGUAAUGAACGCACCAGUGGUCAAGGCAGUUUAGCAGAAGCUUGCAGUCCAAGUGAUAUGGAACUUAUUGAACGUAGUUCCAUUUGUGAACAAAUUAAUUCCGCUAAUGUGACAAUUGAAAGGCUGAGGCCAGAAAUGUGCAAUGUAAGUGCAGUACGCACUCUUCCCUGCUCUGCUAUUUUCCCACCACCCCCAUCUGGUUUUACAACAGGCCUCCUCCCAGCGGGGACAUUCGGUAAUAUUUUCAUUUCCGUGUCUCUUCCUCAGGGCUCGGAGCGCUGUUACCCUGACCUUCUGGACAUUCCCGUCCACGGUACAAUAAGUCAUAUGACUGAAAAACCAGCAGCAACUAAUGUCUCAAUUCCCACAGAGGUAUCAAAUUUUGCAACACUGCCGAGGCGAACAUUGCGAUCAACUGAACUUGGCUCACCUUACGACAAUAUGGGUCCCCGAGUUACUGCAACAGGAAGUUCAACAUUUUCUUUAACAGACUUGGAGCUUCAUUUGACGCCCACAACUCCACAGUCAGUUAUUCAACCGCCCCCUGAAUUCGUCUCGCUUUAAUUUUCGGCGAUGACUCUUUCAUCCAAUGACUUGUAAUUCCCGCACAAUACAUCCAAAGCAUAAUUCACUUUAAAUGCUGUCGGAAUAUUAUAGAGUGAUGUGAAAAUAGAUUUUUAAAAGUCGAUAUUUUCUAGGUUCUUUUAACAAUUUUUUUAUCUACUUCACACGAAAUCAAUGAUUAAAGAAAGCUUGCGAUGCUGUCAUGUCAUUUUUAGUAAAACUCAUAAUAAACUUACUUGGAAUAUGUAUGGGAAAUAUCAUUUCGAAAUAAGUUGUUUGACUCCUUGUCAUGGUGGUGCAAAACCAAUUUUGACUUUUUUGAAUUUCUUUACCGUCAUGGCAUGGAGUUUAAAAUAUCUUGCAAUAAAAUUAUUUAAUUCUCUUUUAAUACUAA